UCGCAUCGCUUUCAUCGAUAUGCCUGGUGGCCCCAGACCCCCUCUCGAUGUCGUUGCCUCGUGGCCGGCCCCGAACUAUAUAAACCCAGAAGGCAGAGGACCGGUGACGUCUAGACUCGCAUACGCUCUAUCUCCGAUCACGUUUUUCCUUGUUUUCGGACGGCUGUGGGUUCGAUUCUAUGUACAGCGCAAUUCUGGUGUGGAUGACUGGCUGAUGAUUGCCGCUCUGGUAAUUUUCCUGCUCCAUUUUGCAUGGCUUCCUGAACUUACAGUCUGA